AUGGAAAGUGCGACCAAUUCUUCCCUAACGGAUCUUGAGGAAGACAGUUUUGAGGUGACAGUCGCAAAAACUGUAAUUUGCAUGCUCGUUCUCGUUGUGUCUUUAAUCGAAAACAUUCUGGUACUUGUGGUUUUGAAGAAGGACUUUCGCAAACGUCUAAGGACCGCUAACAGUUAUUUUAUAGCGAACUUGUCCACGGCAGACGUCCUGUUUGCUGUGCAGAAUUUGCCACUCGCGUACAACAAUUUUGUCAUGGAAGGUCACUGGGUUCUUCAGGGAAACUUGGGCACCAUUUUAUGCAAGAUAGACAUGUUCUUUUCUCUAAUUUCUAUGGUUACAAGCAAUCUUACCAUCCUCGCAAUUGCCCUAGCUCGGUUUUUGGCUGUUUAUUCACCUUACAAAAAAAUUGUGACUCGAAAAGUUUGCUUUUUCAUAAUUUUCUUAACGUGGUUUAUUUCAACCGUCUUUGCCUCACCCAUGAUGUAUUACGCCACGUUGCAUGAAUUGCCUGAUCAUCUAACCCGAUGCACGUUGGACUUAGAGGUUCUUAAGCUAUGGUACAUCAUUUUGGCGGGAAUUCUCACCACAACGCUAAUCACGAUGCUUGUAUUUUACAUCGCUAUUGGUUUGAAGCUGUGGCGGCAUAGAGCCCUUCCCGGUCAACCAAUCCAGGCAACUAAAACAAGAAGAGAAAAGCGAAAUCGCGACAUUUUUAAAAUGUUGGUGACACUAGUGGUUGUGUUCUACGUCUGCUCGGUGCCAGUUAUCUUGUUGAGUCUGUCACAUUAUUUCGGCUUUUACACCGCGUUCAGAAGAAAGCACGUUCUUUUCAUUGCAGUGGUUAUGCUUUUUAUGAAUGGAGUCAUAAAUCCAAUAAUCUAUUACGUUUUUAACGAGAGCUUUCGUGAUGGUGUCAAAGUUGUCUUAGCCAAAUGCGGUUGUUGUCAAGGUGCUCUAUACGCUUUAGAAGUGCCAAUGCCCGUGAAAAAGGAAGAUGGUGUCGUCUGCGGAACUAGCAGGAGAGCCACAAGAACUUCUACCCAACUGUAA